AUGGCGAAUACGGAAAAGGUUCCAUGGGAUUUGAUGGAAGAGAUCCUAUCUCGUGUCCCUCCUACUUCUCUUCUCCGAUUCAGAACAGUUUGCAAACGAUGGAACAGUCUCUUCGACGACAACGCCUUCAUCAACAACCACAAGAUGACGUUUCGUUUCAUUGUGAAAAGUAGAACCAAGAUUUACUCGGUAAACGUGAGUUCCAAGGUGGAGGUGCGUGAGUUAACCUUAAAUACUCCUGGUUUAAAACCACAGAUACCUAGAAGCUUGGUUGAUACCAGCGGAUUCUUGCUUUGUGGCAUGCGUAACGGAGUCGUGGUUUGGAACCCUUGGUUAAGACAGAUUAGAUGCAUCGAGCCCGAGAUUAACCAACCUACUUUGAAUUUUCAUGGCAUAGGUUAUGACAAUAAUAGGAGAGAUGAUGAAAUUGUUUACAAGACCCUUUCGACUUACCAGAAGGAUUUAGACUCUACCACUACGUGCAAGUGCAAAAUCUAUGACUUUGCCUCUGAUACGUGGAAAGACGAAGAGCUGGAAAAAGCAAAAUAUACAACACUAUUGCCUAGUACUAGUAGUCUAGUAGUAGUAAAUGUUGUAUCGUUGAAUGGAACUUUGUAUUGGGUUGCGUAUUAUGACAGGACUCAUGUCACUCAUCCUUUGUUGUUCAUCUUACUUAGCUUCAGUUUUUCGAGCGAAAAUUUCAGAAAGUGUUGUGAUCUACCAAGUGGGGAGAACCAUCCCCGCGAUGCUCUUUUUAGGGAAGAUGGGUUUUUGUUGUUGAAGCAAUGCCAUGUAAACAAGAAGAUUAAGAUUUGGGUGACCAAGAACAAGAUUGAUGAUCGGUAUGGUGAAAAUGUGAAAUGGAUGAGUUUUAUGGAGGUGUCAAUCCCAAACAUGCCGGAUUUAGUACAGACCGAAUCCUACUCUCAGCCAAGUUACUUCAUCGACGGUAAAAGGCUCGUCAUUUGUUCUUGCGAUGAAAACGGUCGGGCUUGGAUCUAUGUUGUGAGGGAAAACAAGUUGAUCAGUAAAACACAAUUGGAUUCGGUGGUUGAUCCUUGGCCAUUGCAUUGUACUUAUUUUCCCAGCUUGGUCCUGAUUCCUGGAGGUAAAAGAGAGAAACUCUAG